CUCCCCCUAGGAAACAAACACACUCUUAGUAAUGCGAUUUUUCUUCCUGAAACUUUUUUCACAGCAAACAUGGUAGACUGGUCUAACCUCCCAGGAGAACUAGUCAUACUAAUAUCAGAAAAGCUCGACAGCGAAUUUUACAUCCUUCGCUUUCGAUCUGUUUGUACUACAUGGCGUGGUUUGGUCCCUAAACCUCACAAUUUACCUUACAACUUCCCAAAAAACACCGUAAUCUCAAUCCCUAGUUGCAUCUCCAAACGCAGUUUCUUCCUCAUCAAGCCACACAAUCAAUUUCCAUGGUUGAUCAAAAGCAGCCAAGAUUCACGUCCCAAAACCCGUCUCUGGAAUCCUGUAUCAUUUGACUCAUGUUUCCAUUCUCUGUUUUUUAACUACCUCAACUUCACACAAUUCAAUGUCCUUGAUCUAGGUCAUUACUUUGUCCACCAUUAUUAUUUUUAUCCGGUGAAGUUAGUUGUUGCAACAUGGCAAAGGAAAGAACAACCUCCAUCUCUUCUCACUUUUAACCCUACUGGUCAGCUUGCCAUGUUCCGAAGCGGAGAUCACCAGUUGACGUUGAUCCCUGACGGAACGGGCUACAUUGACAUAUGUGUUUCCAAAGGACGGCCUUAUGCUGUGGCUAGUGAUGGUCGGAUGGUCACAAUUGGACCGGACUACAGUGUGUGCUUGGCUGCGGAACCAAUACUUGGUGGAAACAACUUCAAAUUCUUGGUGGAGUGUGAUGGUGAGUUGUUGCUAGUUCAGUUUGGUGGUGGGGCUUGCUCGCUCAGUUUUUGGGAGCACGAAAAUGAUGUUGAUGACAAUGACUGUAAAAAUGCGGAUCCGAAGAUUGAUGUGUUUAGGCUUGAUAAGAAGAAGAAGAAGUGGGUGGAGUUGACAAGUUUAGGGGAUAAGGUUUUGUUCUUGGGAGAUAAGUGUGGCUUUGCUGUUUCUGCUUCGGAUUUGUGUGUUGCCAAAGGGAACUGUGUGAUCUUUGAGACUAAGGAAGAUAUCCUCAAGCCAUUAGAGUGCGAGAUGAGUGUUUAUCACUUGGAUCAUAAAGGUUGGAUUCAGCCUUUGUCUGAUUAUCUUGGUUAUUCCAAUUUGUUUUGGCCACCCCCAGAUUGGACCGGGUUUCGUGACUUUCAGAAGCAAUUGCUUUCAUUGAAAGGUUUGUGUUGUGAAUAA